AUGGCUAAUAUGUCCAGCACUUUGACAGGUGUUGAUAUGCAGACCAUGAGUCAUGCUUUGACAAGUGAUAAAAUCCUUAGGGUGUUUUUGGUGGUGUCUACACAGUUCCUUUUCAUUUUUGUUAAUAGCAUGAUGCUAUUUACACUGCACACCAGGGCCAUCUUCCGUGAGACACCACGUUACAUCCUGUUUGCUCACAUGCUUUUAAAUGACACCAUUCAACUGGUGAUUGCCAUGGUGCUGUACUUGCUCAGUGUGUUUUACAUUGUAGUGGUGCGUGCAGCUUGUGCCUUCAUCGUGCUGCUGUCCGCAUCAACGUUUGUCAACGCGCCACUCAAUCUAGCUGUCAUGUCCUUGGAGAGGUACACAGCCAUCUGCUUUCCUUUGAGGCACAGCGAGUUGGCUACGCCAGUGCGAGCAAUUGUGGCUGUAGCUCUGGUGUGGGUUUUGGGCAUCACUGAUGUGCUAACUGAUGUGUGUGCUCUCUUUCUCCUCGCAGAGCCAUCCUACUACUUGUCUCCUUCAGUGUGUACCAUCGGGCAGCUCAUGGUGGUACCAUGGCAGCAAAGCAGGAACGUGACAUUCAAAAUUUUGCUCUUUGUCAUGGUGGCCAUUGUGCUUCUGUACACAUAUGUGGCGAUCCUGCUGCAGGCACGUGCUGCCUCUACUGACACCUCUUCUGCCCAUAAGGCUUUGCGUACUGUGGUACUGCAUGCAUUUCAGCUUUUGCUCUCCCUCGUGUCCUUGCUUUUCGAGUCUAUAGAUCUCAUUCUUGUUCGCUUUCCACUCACUGUAAAUGUACAUCUACGUUUCCUCAACUAUUACUUAGUGCUGGUCAUGCCUCGCUGUCUGAGUUCAAUGAUUUAUGGCCUGAGAGACGAAACCUUCAGGACACUGUUCAAACAGAACUUCCUCUACUGUGGAAAAAACAAAGUGGAGCCUCAAAAGACAUUUACAAAACAUUAA